AUGGGAGGCGGAAGAAGGCAUGUUGGCAGCGUGGAGACUGAGUAUGGCAGACGUGAUGCCUUGGUGGUAGGCAGUAUCGGCUGUUUGAGCUGUCGACUCCUUUUUUCCGGUCCUGCCAUACGGGAGAUUGGACACCAGACACUGCGACCGCAGCUGUUCCCCGAUUACAGCGAAGCCUCAUCCAAUCAAACUUGGGAGUCGCCAUUUUUCGUGUGGCCCCGUCCUUCACUUUCUGCUACGCUGCCUAUUAAUUACGUAAGAGUUGAAAAGAUUUAUCCAAAUCCUCUACGUGGCUAUGAAAAUAAACACAGUCAAGCGGACCCUGCUUCUGUCUGUGAGCAUUGUGGCGAUCGUCGUCGUGCUGAUCCGACUAUCGUCGGAUUCGACACCAGAUCUGCACCAGGUGCUAAGUCCCGGAGACUCGGCCUCUCGGGGAAAUCGAACUCGGAGGAGCUUGAGAUCGCCCGUAAGCUAAACGAGCUGACCGAGAAACUGCUGAACGAGCAGGAAGUUCGUCUGAAAAAGCUGGAGCAGGACAGACAGAAACUGGAGAAACAACUGAGCGAGCUGCGCAGACCGAGCCCGGAGGCGACUCUGCGCGAGCGUCUGGCGUACAUGUUCCCGUACGACCAAAACAGGAAGUUCCCGGCUUAUAUCUGGCAAUCAUGGAAGUACGGUCUGAACGACGCCAAUUUUGGGCCCAGGUACAAAGAAGGAGAGGAGCAGUGGGCGCUGAAGAACCCGGGUUUCGUGCACGAAUUGUUCAACGACGACACGUCCAACGCGCUUGUCCACUAUUUAUACAUGCACAUGCCGGAGGUGGUGAAGGCGUACGAGCUGCUCCCCCACAUUGUGCUCAAGAUGGAUUUUUUCAGGUACCUGAUACUUUUCGCAAAGGGAGGAGUUUAUGCCGACGUCGACACGCUGCCGUUGCAGCCGAUUCCUAACUGGAUUCCGGAAAACGUGGACCCCUCAGAGAUCGGCAUGAUCAUCGGGAUCCAGUCGGACCCAGACACUCCAGACUGGCGCAAAUUCUUCGCUAGGAGACUGCAGUUUGCCAACUGGGUGAUCCAGGCCAAACCGGGCCAUCCAAUCUUGCGUGAGAUUAUCGCGACGGUCACAGAAGAGACUCUCAAACGGGCCAAGGAAGGGACGCUGGACUUUGACGCCGAGAGCGACUUUUCCAUCAUGGAGUGGACCGGUGCGGGAGUCUGGACAGACGUGAUCUUCAAAUAUUUCAACGACUACGUUCUCAGCGGAAUUUUCUCCAAAGUCACCUGGAAAGAUUUCACCAAGCUGGACGUGCCGAAACUCGUGUCGGACGUGCUGGUGCUGCCCAUCACGUGUUUCUCGCCUGGAAUUGGCAAAAUGGGCGCCCACGACGCAGACCAUCCUUUGGCAUUUGUCAAACACUACUCCGAACAUCUCUUUAGACAGUGA